AGGCUGAGGGCUGCGCUGCACUAUGCUGUCGGGGGGCUGUGCCAGGAGGUGGAGGAGGAUAAGGACGUGAGGUUCAGCAAACAAACCAUCGCGGCCAUCACGGAGAUCACCUUCCGACAGUGCGAAACCUUUGCAAAGGACCUGGAAAUGUUUGCAAGACAUGCAAAACGAAGCACAAUCAACACAGAAGAUGUGAAGCUUUUGGCUAGAAGGAGCAGUUCCCUGCUAAAAUACAUCACCCAGAAGAAUGAAGAGCUUGCAUCAAGCAACAUGGAGCAAAAGGAGAAGAAGAAAAAGAAGUCCAGUGCAGCUAAGGCAGAGAGAACUCCUGGGGAAAGAGAAGCAGCUGUGGCUGAAAAUGAAGAUUCCAACUUGGAAUGA